AGUGCUGCUCCCGGGCGGGGGCUGUCCAUGGCGGUUCCGGGGUCUCCGGCUCUUCUCCCGGGUGAAGUCCUAGGUCCGCGGGUGGCCGGGGCGGCGGGGCUGGCGGUGCUGGCCGGUGUGAAAUGACCGAGUACAAACUGGUGGUGGUCGGAGCAGGUGGCGUUGGGAAGAGCGCGCUGACCAUCCAGCUGAUCCAGAACCACUUCGUGGAUGAGUAUGACCCUACCAUAGAGGAUUCUUACCGAAAGCAGGUAGUGAUAGACGGAGAAACCUGUCUGCUCGACAUCCUGGACACCGCUGGACAAGAGGAGUACAGCGCUAUGAGGGACCAGUAUAUGAGGACAGGCGAGGGCUUCCUCUGCGUGUUUGCUAUUAAUAACAGCAAGUCAUUUGCAGACAUCAACCUGUACAGGGAGCAGAUUAAGCGAGUGAAGGACUCCGAGGAUGUGCCCAUGGUGCUGGUGGGGAACAAAUGUGACUUGCCCACAAGGACAGUGGACACAAAACAAGCCCACGAACUGGCCAAGAGCUACGGGAUCCCAUUCAUCGAAACCUCAGCCAAGACCAGACAGGGUGUCGAGGAUGCCUUUUACACCCUGGUAAGAGAGAUCCGCCAGUACCGAAUGAAAAAGCUCAACAGCAAUGACGACGGGACCCGGGGCUGCAUGGGCUUGCCUUGUGUGCUGAUGUAACGAGGAGUGAGCAUUCUCACGUCUGUUGUCCGAGAAGAGCCACUUUGAAGCCGCUGACCCCAGUCCUGACUCCGGAGGAGAAGAACCCAGUUGCUCUCUUCAUCUCAGAGACACUCCUGCUGCCCUGACUACUCGGGGGUCUUGCGAGAACCUCUCAGAACAACUACCUCCUUGCUUGGUCAUCUGACCAGAGAAGUGCGCCUCCUCUGCUCCCUGGUAGUGUUCUGCCCUGGGUUUUCCCCAUGAGAAACAAACCAACCUGUGCUAGGCAGGCCUUUCCCUGAGAAAAGCAGUCUAUGCUCUGAAACAGGCUGGCAGCAGCUUCUUGAGCUCUAGAGGAGUAGCUGCGGGGCUCCUCCCCACCCCGCCCCUCUUUUUUACUGUUGAACCUCUGUUCAUUUUUGGAGAAAUGUCAUAAAUUACUGUUUUGCCAAGAAUCUAAUCAAUGUUGCUGAUUGGUUUGAUUGUCAUGUGAUCAGCUAUAUUCUAUAAAUUGGCAUGAGUCUGCUCUACUUUCACAAAUAGAAGUGUGAAUGAACGCGCUGACCCUGGCAUCCACCUUAGUCUUCUUGACUUCCAUGAAAUUGAAUCCAACUUUCCCAAUAAAGUGCCUUUUUCCUAGAAGUGGUUUGUAGACUUCCCCCAGGACCUCCAUGGAGCAGGGUCCCCCAGCCAUGGGGGUGGCAGCCUCUGACUACCAGCUGGAGGAAAGGUCCCUAGACAGUCACCUAUGGUAAGGUGUUUUCCCAGAGGCCUGGGUGGGCCUUUCCCAGGAGAGAGAAGAAACUGGAAACAGUGACUAGUGAUAAUCACUUCAUGGCUAACCUCAUCGCUUUUUGGUAGCUUAAUACUUACAAAGUUUGUGAGUUGUUGCUGUUUUCUGUUUUGUUUUUAGCUUACUGAUAAUCUAAUACUCAGCAACUUCCAUUUAUUAUGAAAUUUGGGUCAAAGGAGGAAGUUCUUCAGUUACACAUACUCAGAUAUCAUAAAAGUUUGGUGUACUGCUUUAUAGCUGUAAUCCAUGAUCUUCAAUCCUCAAAUACGGUGUUACAUCUCCACUGCCUGUCCUAGGUUCAUAGCACAGUAAGUGUCCUACUCCUGUCAGGUCACCACCGUACCGCCUCCCUCCCUCGGCCCCUCUGCAGUAGGAGCUGGGUUAACUAGUUCCGUUUAGUUAACCAUGGUGCUAAUGGACCAGGGAGGUCGCUGAUAUAAAGGCUAAACAAGUCAGUUAUCACAAAAGUCACCCCCUUCCCUACAGCCACUCACUGUGUGGUAACUCUUGCAGUUUCACCAAUGCCUAUUUGCCCUGCAAGGGAAGAAGAGGUUAGAGGUUAGUGCCAUGAGGCCUUCACUGGCACUGGAAAAGCCUGAGAUCCUAUGUGGGCAGUAGAAAUCUUCAGAAGUAAGCCCUUUUUAAAGCCAAUUUGAAUAAAGUUGCUAUUUUUUCUUGUUUUU